AUGUACGGUGUCCAACAUUUUGAAAAUAACAUCAAUCCAUUAGUAUCUGAUGUGAAAAAUAAUUCUUUGGCAUGUUCACAACUGAAUUCACGUGAUCUAUUACAUCAAAUAAAGUUAGCCUGUAGUAUUGAUCUGGAAUUCCAAAAUAAAAAAUUGAGUUUGGAUAGCUACCGUGGUUUUGAUAAAGAGGGCUUAUUCAUUGAAUUAGAAAGACAGCUGCAUAUUAGUGUUGAUGAUUCAAAAGAAAAUGAUAAUACCCGUACUAUAAUUGAAAAACGUGAUGAAGUAUCAAAACAGUUUUCAUUGUCUCCUUCGGUCUCAAAUGGUCAUAAGAAAGACGUGAAAUUACAACCUGAAUUCAUGGAAAUGUAUAUGUCGAAAAGCAAACUCCAAUGUGAUAAAGAUUAUUCGAUUUCUCAAACAGCGAAUGGUAGUGCCCGUUUUGUUAAUAGAACACCAACUGUGGUCCAUUCGUUAUAUGAGAAAAAUAGUUCUUCGGUUAAAAAAUCUGUUCACCAAUCGUUUAAUGUUCAAAAAAAUCCGUUUGAGAAGGUUGAACACAGAGACAGCAAUUCCAGUCUAUCGGGAACUGUGGCAAUAUCAAAAUUAACUAAAGGACCUUCAUCACUGGCACGCAUUUUUGUGUCGGAUUUCAAUAAACUACAUCCAAUCACAGAUCAGAAACCAGAAGGCUCAAUGUCAUCUAUAUCGCAAUCAUUUACAUCAGAAGAGAAAAAUAAUUCGGAUAAAUUCUAUGCAACUUCUGUUUCUAAUUCUAAUUUAAAAUCGUCAGACUGA